AUGCCGAAAAAUGGAAAGAAGAUUUUUGGAAUUUGUUCCAGGAUUCUGUCGCCUUUGGUUUCUCCUUACUCUAAUUCCUCAUCUUCAAGUUCAGAUCAAGUCGUUGUCGUUCCUCGUCGAAGGUUUUCGGAAUCGAUGAUUGAUCAGAGUUUGGAGUCCGCUGCAGAAAUGAUCGGGAAAUGGAGCACGGAGUCUCUGGCCUACGCUGAAGUGACGUCCAUGUUUCACGAGAGCAACGAGGAAGCCUUGCGGUUCAUCCAAUGUGUGAACGAUCUUCAGAAGGUUAUGUAUCUCUUGGCCUCUCAGACGAAACUCGUUUUCUGUCAUAGUCUGAUGCAGAUUGCGAUGAAAAGGCUUCAGGUUGAAUUUUAUCGGAUUCUUUCCGUAAAACGCGAACUAUUCGAGGCAGAAUCUAGCAUUACGGCAGGUGAUUAUGAUCCUAAUUCAGUGAAAAUAAUUUCCUCCGGCGCUGUGGCGGAUCUGAGGACCAUAGCGGAGUGCAUGAUCUCCUGUGGUUACACUAAAGAAUGUGUUGAAAUUUACAGUACUUUGCGCAAAUCCGUUGUCGACGAAGGGAUUUACCGUCUUGGCGUCGUGAAACUUUCGUCACAGAUCCGUAAGAUGGAUGUCGAGGCAGUCGAUUUCAGAGUCAAGAAGUGGUUGGAAGCUGUAAGUAUUGCGAUUUCGACACUUUUCAAUGCCGAACGAGUUGUAUGCGAUCACGUAUUUGGAACUUCUGAAUCCGUUAGGGAAUCUUGUUUCACCAGAACAUGCGAAGACAGUGCUAUGAUUCUCUUUGCAUUUCCCCAAGUUAUCGUGAAGAGCAAGAAAUCGCCAAAGAACCUGUUCUACAUGCUUGAUAUGUUCACUGCCAUAUUCGAGAAUUGGCCGAGAAUCGAAUCGAUCUUCUCAAUUGAAUCCACUGAAGUAGUUCGAUCGCAAGCCAUCGCCUCGCUCGACAUUCUCGCCGAAUCGAUCUCCACAAUGCUGUUAGAUUACAAAUCGUUCAUUCCAAAUGAAUCGUCGAAAUCGCCUUCCACUGACGGCGGAAUUGACGCCUUAGCUCUCGAAUCGAUGGACUACCUCACUCUCCUUGCCGAGUACCGAGAGAUUCUCCGUAUAAUUUUUGACCGGUGGCCGCCGCCUGGAAACUCGUCAUUUCCAGGCGAUUCUAGUUCCGAUACUCCAAAUUCAGACGACUCUCCAGUUUCAACCAUUUCGUCACACAUCGCGCGGCUAAUCUUCAUCCUUCUCUGCAAGAUCGAUUGCAAAGCAAGGCAAUAUGAGGACAUUUCACUUUCAUACCUUUUCUUAGCCAACAAUGUCCGAUUCAUCAUCUGGAAAGUCCACAGUUCUGAGCUCCAUCAUCUUCUCAGAGAGGAAUGGAUCGCGAAGCACAAAGCCAAAGUAAAUCAGUACAUUGAAAAUUACAGGCGCUUGGCAUGGGGGAAGGUAAUCUCAUCGCUACCGGAAAAUCCAACGGCCGCUCUUUCCACGGCGGAAGUAGCGGAGGUUUACGAAAACUUCAAUUCCAGUUUUAAGGAAGCCUACCGGAAACAGAGAUCGGGUACCGUACCGGACCCGGAGCUCCGAGUCGAAAUCUUCGCGAUAGCAAGAACCUGGUUGCCGGCGUACCGGGAAUUUUACCAGGCGCACAGAGUUCCGGUUGGGCAAGAGGUAAUUACUAGAUUAACCCCUGAGGAUGUAGAAAAUUACUUAUCUUACCUAUUUUUUCCACGGGAAGAAUCAAAUUCAUUGCCCAACCAACAAAAUCCUUUCCGCUAA